CUGAUGCACGAUCACCGAGCUCAGGCCCCUUCUGCCUCAACACUGCCUUUCCAACAUCACAGGAGCUGCCUGAAUUUUCCAGAUCAACCAUGCAUUGUGAAGAGACCAGACUGAACAAAAGCUCCUUGCUGCUUGCAUUGAAGCGCUACAGCACUACAGUCAAUGACAUGGAACAGACCAUCCUGCUGCCCAGCCUCCUGAGAGACGUCCCGUCCGAACACAAUGAGGACUGCGAGGCUGUAGAGAACAACAAGGACCUGUACGAGUACUAUCACAUGCUGAAGGUGAUCAGGAACACGGUGGAGAGCGGACUGGUCCCCUAUGAUGAUGGUAACACGAAGACUCACACGGCUCUGUAUAAAAGCCUGGAGCCGCUGCUGGAGGCCGACCCAGAGGCAUUCUUCUACUUCCAUCUGAGUGGCCUGUACUCAGUCAUGGGUACCCUCACAAAGAAAUCACAGAACCUUACAGAUAAAUACCUGGACAUUGUGGGCAUUGGAAAUCAGAUCAUUAAACUGUAACAGUUCAGCCUUCUGACUAUCUUUCAGCAACAUUAUCAAAAGUGUAACUUACGACAUAAUUUGUAAUACCCAAGUGAAAAUUUCACUACAUCUUUUCCUGAGCAUCUGUUUAGAGAGCAGUAUUGAGUGCAAUAAAAUUGUUGUCAUCA